AAGCGAGCACUAUCUUUGCAUAAAUCGCAACAAAUAUCUACAGCAUUAGGUGGUUAAAAUGAUAGAUUAAGGUUAAUGUCGCUUUCUCUCCCUGACCCCUUUCCAUGGGGGCGACGUCACUUGCCACCAGUCGACCAAACAUCCCACAACCUUGCGAAUGCACAGACAAAGGUCACCGGCCGGGAUCAGUGCCUGCUGAAGCGGACCACACUUGGGUGCUUGCUAAAGAACAAAUAAUCCAUUGUAAGUCGAUAACUGGAGCGUCGUAUAUUGUUUGUCAUUGAGGCUGGAGGAGGCCGUCCAAUUGCGGUUGCGUGGGGUCAAGGCCUGUAUUUGCACUUGUUUGUACCGACACCUUCUAACCAUAUUGUGUUCGUUCAACAGAAAGAUGCUGUGGGGCAGCCACUACCCCAGCCACUCGGUGGAGCAGAUGUCCAUCAAACAGACCCCUCUCUAUUUCGGGUUUAUGCCACUCAUGCUAUAGGCGUUCGAGGGUGAGGAUGGAAACGCGACAACCGAAUUGUCCCAUCGGUGUUCGUCCUUGUUGACUCCAUAGAAUCUCCCCUACGAAGUUGGGUUGUACAUCCUGGCCAGGCUUUCUUGCAGAAGUAGUUUUUGUUCAGUGUUUCCCUGGUAAA